AUGCCGCUCAUCGCUGUCAACGACCAGGGAGAUAGUCUCUUCUAUGAGGAAUCGGGUCCCCCAGCUAAAACAGGAGAUCUGUACACGACUUUGAUUAUUGUUCAUGGGACUGCUUUUCAUGGAGAGUGCUUUAGACGUCUCCUCCCACUUGCCCCUCAACACCAAAUCCGUCUUGUUCUGGUAAAUAGGCGCGAUUAUCCUGGAUCAACGCCCUAUACAGAAGAAGACCUCGAGAAGAUUAGGGUCGACAAUGCUGAAACGCAUGAUCAAUUUGCGAAAGCAAGGGCCGUGGAGUUCGCGCAGUUUAUCAAGACAUUUGUGGAGAAUGAGGAUGUUCCCAAGGCAUCGUCUGAUUGGAAACGCGGUGGAGUUGUCCUUUUGGCAUGGUCUUCUGGAAACAGCUACACUCUGCCGCUGUUGUCCUACAUUGACGCCAUCCCGAUAGAUACGAGGGAGAUCAUUUCGCAAUAUCUAAGAUCCCAUGUAAUGUUUGACGCCCCACGCUGGAUACUUGGUCUUCCAUCCAACACCGCGGGCUUUGGAGUUCUCACAGACAAAACUCUAUCACUUGAAGAACGUGCGAACAGCUUCAGCGAAUGGGUCUCCUCAUACUAUACCCACAAGAGUCUCACUUCGCGCAAAUUUGAGGAUCUACAAGUCUAUCCAGUCGAAGGGCCUGGCUCUAAGAGGAGUACAACUUCACGCAUGUCACCUGAAGAGCUACGUGAAACGACGUGUUACGAGGCUGUUGCACGCAGUGAAAUUGGCGCCCGCACAGGAAGUCCUGCUAUCUACGCUGAACGGAUCAGACGGGCACUAUUCAAUGAUGAGCUCGCUAAGUAUUUGCCGCGGUGCGGGGUUGAUGUUGUUUGGUGUGAGAAUUCGAUAUGGGCUUGUAUUGAUUGCAUGUGGGGUCUGCAAGCGGCGCGGGAGAAGGCGGAUGACCAGGGAAUUGUUGGAAGGCCUUUGAGGUUCUUCAUGAUGCCUGGAGUGAACCAUUUCCCACAUUGGGACGAUCCAGAGAUGACGAUUAAGUUCUUUGCGGAUAUAAUCAAUGGUUGA